UAUUUUAUCUUACGUUUUUAAGAUUGCUUCUUCUAACUAUUUGGAUGCUGUGGGGGAAAUCAAUGUUUUUGACAAUUUGCGUACCCUUAAGUGGAGCAAUCUGGUGCUUUUAUUCUGAUAAUCAAACGGGAAAACUCAAACGACCUCCUUGUUUCCUUCUUUUUGCCGGAGAUGCGGAGGAAGGAGUUGGUAGUGAUGGAGGGAGGACUGAUGUGUCUUGAUGAGCAGCGGGUCUGAUGAUGACGACGAUGACGAAGAUGAUGCUGUGAGUCAGAGAGCGGAGGGUUCGGGAUGCUCACAGCCGCUCCGGAGUAGACCAGACCCCGCGCACAGACACCGAGCACCCGCCUGAGGAGACACGGCGAGUCCGCAGACUCUACGGACCCUACACCGACAGCAGGGAGCGGACUGACAGCAGCCAUCACUUUGUGCUGCAUACAGGUCAGCUAUCUAGAGCAGCAGGCAGACUCACAGUCCCAGAAUGCCUGAGCAGAGCAACGACUACCGGGUGGUGGUGUUUGGGGCCGGCGGGGUGGGGAAGAGUUCCCUGGUCCUCCGGUUUGUCAAAGGCACCUUCAGAGACACCUACAUCCCCACUGUGGAGGACACAUACAGACAGGUGAUCAGCUGUGACAAGAGCGUCUGCACGCUGCAAAUCACCGACACAACUGGAAGUCACCAGUUUCCAGCCAUGCAGCGCCUUUCCAUCUCCAAAGGCCAUGCCUUCAUUCUGGUCUUCUCCAUCACCAGCCGCCAAUCACUAGAAGAGCUGAAACCCAUUUACCAGCAGGUCCUGGCCAUCAAAGGUACAGUGGACUCAAUUCCCAUAAUGCUUGUGGGUAAUAAAAGUGACGAGACGGCUCAGCGUGAGGUGGAGAGGAAGGACGCCGAGGCUCAGGCCGCCACCUGGAAGUGUGCCUUCAUGGAGACAUCGGCCAAGACGAACUCCAACGUUAAGGAACUGUUUCAGGAGCUGCUGUCCCUGGAGAAGAAGAGGGACAUGAGCCUGAGCAUUGACGGCAAGCGCUCGGGAAAACAGAAACGAGCCGACAAGUUGAAAGGGAAGUGCAGCAUCAUGUAGAACGGGCGGCUGCAGAUUUGCUGUGGAUACGUGGAUCCAGCAGAGGAGGCAGGAGAGGGAGUCUGCUGACGAGCUCCCAUAGAGACUCCCUCUCCCAUCUUUGCGGACAGCUCCUUCACCAUCCAUCUGAAGACUAAAGCCCUGAGGAACACAACAUGACUACACUGAUAAUGAAAACAAGUGUUUAUACCAGAGCCCUGGAUCUCCUACAGGCCCUGAACUGGAUUGUGUUCAUGUCCACAAAAUACUUAUAAAUACAAAUAAAUAUAUACAAACAUAUAUACAUAUA